AUGUCGUUUGCCGAGUUUACCGCGCCGGCAUCGCCGCUGGAUCCGGUAUCGGCGCUCGGGUUUUACCACGAUGUGACGUCGCCUAGUGCUUCGCACUUGCUCGUUUCGAGCUGGGAUAAGUUUGUACGACUCUACGAUCUCACCGAACAUGCCGCGGGAAGCGCGCCGAUCCUGAAGUCGUUCGAGCACCCUGCACCGGUGCUGGACGUGUGCUGGAUUAGCGAUACGCUUGCCGCAAGUGCAUGUCUUGAUCGGCGCGUGCGUCUCUUGCAUCUCGGCACAGGCCAGGUCGUGAUUGUGGGCAAACACGAGAACGGCGUUUGCAGAGUGCGGUACGAUGUCCACACGCGACUGCUGCUGAGCGGGUCCUGGGACGCGACGGUGCAUUUGUAUGAUCCACACACAGACCCUGACUCGUGCUUUUUGCGUACGCUGCGCCUGCCGGACAAGGUGUUUGCCAUGGAUACCGUGCCCGUUUCCAAUGCGCCAAAUGGGGUGCGUGUCCAGGACACGACGCCGCGGCUUGUCGUUGCAACAGCAGGGCGCGGCAUAUCUAUCUUUAACCUACACACGAUCCGCGACGCCCUCGAUCGCGACGUCACGGAAGAUGCGGCAUUUGCGCCGGAACAGACGCGCGAGAGCAGCCUCAAGUUUAUGCUGCGCGACGUGCGGUGCAUGCCUGAUGGCUUGGGCUACGCAACCUCGUCCGUCGAAGGCCGGAUUGCCGUCGAGUUUUUCGAUCCACGUCCCGCUGCACAGGCGCAAAAGUACGCAUUCAAGUGCCACCGCAAAGACGUCGACGGCGUCGAUAUUGUGUACCCUGUCAACACGAUGGGAUUCCACGCUGUGUACGGCACAUUUGCGUCGGGCGGUGGCGAUGCACACUGUGCGCUCUGGGAUCCCAUCGCCAAGAAGCGGAUCCGCCAGUAUAUCCUGCCAUCGCCGAUCAGUGCACUGGCGUUUAGCGCGGAUGGAGCGCUGCUCACCAUCGCGAGCGGGGGCGAAAACUUGGACGAUACAGAGAAUGCAGGGGGCAUUGGUCCUGGCGGCGCUGGGCACAUUUUGCUGCAUAUCAAGCCCGCGCUGGAGGAUGCCAAGCCAAAAUCGACAAAAAAUGGGACUCUAUAG